AUGACCCAAAGAUUUACGGAGCACGGAGUAUUUGGAAAGGAAGGCAGCGUGCGUGCCGAGGUCCCAGAGAUCGAAAUCUCGAUCGUGCAAACCCCGAAGACAUGGUACUUUCCAUUCCCGAUGUAUGGAUCCUAUGACGCGCUAGGUCUCGAUGGAUUUUCAUGUAUGGAUCGAUACACCCGCUUUGGUGCAUACGGCUAUUCCGGGACGGAUUCUCAGUUACAAGGCGCCAGACCACUGCCCCCUGUGGACUGGAAAAAAGUGAAUUGGAGAACCCUGCAAGAGGAAUGCUUUGAAAGGAACUCUGACAGAUACGAGUCGGCUCAACAGUCCUUGAGCAUGCACUCUCUGCCUUUGACUUCACCGAGGUCCGCAGUCAUUUUGCGAGCGUGGCAUGACAUGCCUUGGACCGAGAACAUGAAGCAUUAUGUGCGGUCACCGGUGAUGGAGCUUUCAUUGCAUACAGGGUCGGAGUACCAAGUUUUUAUCCUGACACAUGUGAAGGACAACAACAUACCGAUAUACGCGGUAAAUGGGGACGAUAAUGCUCAGCGACUGAAGGAAAAGUAUAUGCCCAAGGAGUUUCACGACAUGACUAUCCUUUUCAACGAUCAUACUUUGGAAUCCUGGUAUCCAGCCAUAGAAGAGCAUAGGCCCCAAUAUCAGCAUCUACAGCCUUUACAAAUUUUCUCCCAGGUCUUCUCAGAUUUUGACUAUUACUGGCAGUUGGAAAUGGACUCCAGGAUCUCCGGUCAUUCGUACCAUUUCUUUGAGAAGGCCGCGGAUUUCUCCAGAAAUCAACCUAGAAAAUAUCUCUGGGAACGCAACGCUUAUUUCUAUAUCCCAGGGGCGCAUGGACCAAGGCCACCAGUAGCACACCCUCGCGAUGACCAUUAUGAGUGGGGUGUGGGUGAGGAAGCCGAUCUUAUGUUAUUCCUACCCAUAUUUGAUCCGAUCGACACUAAGUGGACCUACCCUACCAUGAUCUGGAAUCUAUCGGAGAGAGACCCUCGCCGCGCUGCGCCAAUUACGAUGGGCCGGUACUCUAAAACUUUGAUGGAUGCUAUACACUCCGCACAGGUUGGGCAAGGAAUAGGCCUUGCAUCGGAGAUGACGGCUCCGUCAUUUGCCUUGUGGCAUGGAUUGAAAGCUGUUCAAGUGCCCCAUCCUAUCUAUUCUGACGGGAAAUGGACACCCAAAGAACUGAACAGGAUUGUGAACAAAGGGUCCCCCGAGAAAAUGAAUGGCGGCCCCGACAGCAUUUGGAAUUGGAACCACGAAUAUGAUCACAUUCUUUUCCGGACGUCGUACAUGUUCAAUACGCAGACGGCCGAGGAUCUGUACCGAAGAUGGCUGGGCUAUGUGGUUGAUCCCCAUCAAUAUACAGACGGCAGCUAUACCCUCAGGGACGUAACUGGUUUGACAACGGCGAUCUGGAAAGUCCUUGCACGAUAUUGUUUCUUGUUAGAUGAAGACCUAACACCGCUCUCCAGCGAGAGGAUUUGUACGGCAGACUUUGCCUUCCAAAUAUGUUUCUCCAUACCAUUAAGAACACUGCGCCAAGGAAAGGUCGCGAGAUGGCUGUUCCGGUCUAAAUACAGCACUAGGAGACGUACUGAAUGGUCAAAAAUCCUAACUGACCAUAUUAUUAUCAGUCAACAUUAA